AUGGGUCAGGGUCAUGUUAUCAUUAUUGGAGCCGGCGUCAUCGGUCUCAGCAUCGCAGUCAAACUAUCCAAAUACAUGAAAAUCACCGUCAUCGCAAAGGAGUUACCCGGAGAUGUCGGCAUUGACUACGCCUCCCCGUGGGCAGGGGCACACUUCCGCCCUACCCCCGCAAAAACAGUCGAGGAACGAAAAGAACAGGCCUGGAUGCGACACACCUACCAAGAAUUCGAAAAGAUCGCGAGAGACCACCCAGAAGCGGGCGUGGAAUUUAUUCCUGCAGUCGAAUAUUUCGAUACUGCCGAUGCGACCUCCUAUUUGGCAGAAGAAAAUGGCUACAUCACAUGGCCGGACUUUUGUAUUCUCGACCCUGCAGAAUACUCUCAGCAUCCAUCUAUCCAGCUAGGUGUGACCUACCGCAGCUGGGUUCUAAACUCGCCGGUUUACUUGAAGUGGUUACAGACGCGGGCAGAGGCGCAAGGGACUCGGUUCAUUCGUGCCCGCUUGACGGACCCAGAACAGGCUGUAUCUGUCUAUCUAGAGAAUAAAUCCCAGGAUGAGACCGAGCCUAUUUCGGCUGUUGUCGAUGCAAGUGGAAGGGGAUUUAAUGAUCCCAACUCUUUCCCCUCACGGGGUCAGUUCAUCAUCGUCUCGAAUCACUGUGAUAAAACUAUCAGUCAUCAUUGGAGUGACGGCUCUUCUACAGUCAUCAUACCCCGACCUCUCGGUGGCGGUACUGUUAUUGGUGGGACGAAGGAGCCUAAUAACUGGUCUGAGGAUAUCGACGAUGCCUCAACCGAGGACAUUCUGAAAAGGGUGAGAGAUCUAUGUCCCGAGAUGAUUAACAAGCAAGCGGGUGAACUAGCUUCGACACAGGAGUUUGAUGUCAAACAAGUCUACGUUGCUCGGCGCCCUAUGAGACGUGGUGGACUCCGUUUUGUAUUGGGGACAUCAGUGGCCCAUGAUGGCAACUAUACUCCGUUGAUGUCUUGCUACGGUGCUGGAGCAAAUGGGUACAAAAUUAGCUGGGCACUGGCAGAUGAAUUUGACCGGUUCUUUUCUCCUAAAUAG